UCCGCGAUUCCGCGUUCCUGCCCCGCCCCGCCCGGAAGUAUCGUGCUGUCCGUUGGAAAUAUAAAUAUUAUCAUGGCGUCGGUGACUUUUCGCGACUGUUUUCUCUGUGUUUCUGCUUUAAUCACAUUCGUCUUCGUUUUUGUGACCGGCGCAGACUUUGUUCGCUUUGUAUCGUUUCGUGCCAUCUAUCAUAACCUGAGCGGGGCCGCGCCUCCGUGUCGAGACUCUGUGCCCUGGUCUGUGGCUCUACGGGACGGUGUUGUUCUGAAGGCUGUAGCUGUGGAUGUUUUCCUUCUGGUCCUUUUCAGUCUCCAACACAGUCUAUUGGCCUGGGCUCCAGUUAAGAGAGUGUGUCAGAAUGUGUUUGGGGUUUUGAGCAGAGCCAUGUACUGCUUCACCACCGCCGCAGCACUGCAGAUAUUGAUGCACUAUUGGCACCCGGUCACCAGCGCCCCCUGCCUGUGGUCAGUGCACAAAGCACCCUGGGAUAUCUGGUUCCCGCUCAUCUGUUUCAUCUUACACUUCCUGUGCUGGGCCAUAAUCUGCAGUAUCCUGCUCAUCUUCGACUAUCCUGAACUGCUGGGCAUCAAACAGGUGUAUUAUGAGUGUCUAGGUCUGGGCGACCCUCUCCUGCUGAAGUCUGAGCGCGCGCAGCGGCUUUACGCUCACCUCAGGCAUCCGGUCUGUGUGGAGCUGCUCACGGUGCUCUGGCUUCUUCCCACCUUCCCGCUGGACCGGCUCCUGCUGGCCGUGUUCCUGUCCGUGUACCUGAUCCUCGCUCACUCUCUGGACAGUCAGGACUGCACUUACCUGCGCCGGCAGCUCCGGAACAAACUGCAGCUCUUCUCCGCACCACUAGAGGACAGCGAUCAGAGCAACAACAACACGCAUAAGCAAGACUGAAUGACGAGCAUGUCAAUAAAGCCCAAAGUAUACUUCGGUUUUUACACGUACACGUGAUGUUUGUAACUUUGUAUGCACAUGUCACACAUGCACAUUGAAUUUGAUCUGCACUAAUUAGUUGUUCCACCAGGUGGCAACACUGUCCCGGGCCGUUUUACAGUAGAAAACAAAACUAAAGAGACGGAACAACUAAAUACUGGACACUGAAACAACAACAGAUGAUAAGUGCUUGUGUGAGGAGGUUAUGAAAUCUUUAGUUUAAAAGAAUAUAAAGACAUUCAUCAAGAGACGUUCAUGCACGCUAUCAAAUGUACGCGUAAAACAAUGCAGUAUACUUUGGGUUUAAGAGUGUAGCGCUGCCUUCAAGCCCUUUGGGAAGCCAUUAUGGAGUUUAGAAGUCAUAAUUAAAAAAAAAUCCCUUUUCUAUUGUUCAAUUUGUCUCUUCCUAACAAAGACAGAAGAUUUUACUGUUAAUGCAACAGAAUGAAUAACAAAUAAUGCACGUUUAGUGAUGCUAAUCUGUGUAUUUGAUCAUUCUUACGUGCUACAGGGAAUUAUGGGAAAUUUAGUUUUUUUGCCUUAUAAACCAACUAAAGCCUUAAAAUGUGCACAAACUAAAAUUGGUACUUUAACAAUUAAAACGUCUUAUUUCACCUUGAUUCUUUAAAUUGUCCUGACACUUAAAUUAUGACUUCUGGUGGUCAUCAUGUGACUUGAAGGCAGCAUUACAAUCACAUAUAUAUUUGGAAUACUAGCAUACUGCAUAAUGCACAAUAUACAAUGCCCAAAUAUGUUUAAAUAUGAGUAUGAGAAACAUUGUGCAUGCAUCAAUGCACAUUUCAAACAGCCUUAUGCUACAUUACAAUAUGCAUGUUGAAUACAGCGUUAUUAUCUCAGAAAUAAUUAAUGUUAUUGUGCAUUUUUCAGUAUGCUGUUCCAAUAUUGCAGUAUUUGAAGUCCUCAUGCUUCAUGUUAAUUUUUUUCUGCACAUUUACACUGUUUACUAUUUACAUUACAAGUUCAUUAAAAUAGCUUUUACAAACAAAUCAAAUUAUCUCUAUUUUUAGUCGGCUGAAAAGGAGCUAAUGUAUUGUGACUUCAGAUGAGGAGCACAGGUCAGAGGUCAUCAGAUUAAAUUGCUCUACUUGGCCCUGACCUGACACAGGAAGAGGGACACAAAACACACACACACACUUAACCACCAAAAGCCAGUGCGCAGCUAUCGGUAAUGUAAUUGAAUGCUUUUGUUUUGGUCAGUAGUAAAAUAUUUCUGUUUUUAUGAGGACUUUUGUUUUGUGUCUAUUGCUUGUUUUUUUUUAUAUAAUGCUUUUAUAUUUGACAAAUGUCUGCAGAUGGUGGGAUAAAAACUGCGUUGCAUACUGACCUCCUGUGUUUUUCACCAUUAAGUGUCAUAACUACUGGAAAACGUGCCUUUUGUUUUGCUUUAUAAAAAGUUGCUUGAAGUUGAUGCUUGAAGCGUGUUUACAUAAUGACCUCAGAGUUAGUUGGCGCAGAAUGUAUUUUUACAUGGUCAAUAAACAUGAAAUUAUUUUUUAUGAAAAUAAAUGCACAGUUAUUAGAGCUGAAAACCACCUUCAUUUUGUUUAUUAACUUGAUUACAUGGUAAAAUCUUUUUUUUUGUUGUUGUUCUGUAUCACACCGCAUCUGCCUCUGUUAGAAUCAGAUCAUUCUGAAUAAAGAAAAUGUUGCAACAAA